UUCAAGAAAAAUACACGCUUUAACAUUUUGCUUUAAUGGUGUUUUUAGAAAAGAUUUUAUGCAUCUACUUCUGCAAAUGCGUAACAAGUAACAAUAUCGAUGCUCCAGAUCAGAAAAGCAAUGCUUCUAUCACAGAUGACGAAAUAGUUGCCGAAUGCUUCUUGUUUUUUGCUGCGGGUUAUGAUACUUCGGCUACAACAUUAUCGUAUGCUGCAUACGAAUUGGCCAGGCAACCUGACAUACAGGAAAAGAUCAGACAAGAAAUAAAAAAGGUUUUAGAAAAAUACAACAAUAAAAUGACAUAUGAUGGUUUAGGAGAACUAGUUUACGCUGAAAAAGUUAUAUAUGAAACUUUAAGAAAAUAUCCUUUAGUUCCAACCAUAUCAAGAGUUUGUACUAAGGCUUAUAAAGUACCAGGAAGCGAUCUAACUAUAGAUAAAGGAACGGUAGUAAAAAUAUCUGCCAUGGGUUUACAUAUGGAUGCAGAGUAUUACAGAAAUCCAGAAGUUUUUAAUCCUGACAGAUUUGAUGGCGACGGUGAUAUCAAAAAGCCUGAUUUUACAUUUUUACCUUUUGGGGAAGGUCCAAGGAUAUGCAUAGGAUCCCGGGAUUUAAUAUCGGGAUUUUGGGAUCAAGCAUACACCGGGAAUUGGAAACCCUAGUUGUAAGAAAAGAAAGGAAACAAGAAAAAAAUUCAAAUAAUAAUUAAAAGAUUACGAUAUAUUGGUGACUUAAUUCAUUCAGAUGUAGCUGGCCCAUUAGAUCCAUCAUCAAAAGCAGUUUAUAGAUAUUACCCACAGGUAUUAAUAGAUGUUUUUACAUUUAAUCAUAGUAAAGUUGUUGAAACUAAACAGUGAAUCUGCGCAGCACGUAUUGGAUAUUAUGAAACUGAUAAAGACUCAACAUGUACAGAAAACUAAGAAAGUAUAUAAGAUGUGAUCAUGUGGGUGAAUAUUAUCAGACUAUUUUAAAAGGUAUAAAAAUGGAGUAUCUGCACUAUUUUAUAUACCUGAGAGCAAAAUGACAUUUUGCAGAGAAUGAACAAAACCCUAAUGGAUAAAAUGAGAACAAAAUUUGUUGAGGCAGUUACCAAAACAUUUAUGAGAUGAAGCUGUAAUGUCCAUUCUGCCAUCUGCCUAUGAAUUCAUGGCUUUAAUAAGUUAACAAAGUGUGAAUUGUUGAGGUAAUACCGUAUAUGAUCCCGUGAUAUAUGAAAAGAAAAACAGCGUCCUGUUGACUUGGAAAUGACGAUCGAUAACAUUCCCCAUAUAAUUUUACAUACAAAAUGAUAGUGAUCUGUAUCGACCCUGUGGUAUUUUUAUGUAGAAAAGACUAAAAGGUGUUAAUUGUUGUUGUCGUGUUGACAGAUUCUAGACUAAUGAAAAUUUUACUGUUUUUGUAAUCAUAGAUAAAACACACAAUAGAUCUGUAAGGUC